UAUUCAAACGUAACGAAAGUGAAUGACAUAACACUCUUGAAGUUGGCCUCCAAAGUGGACUUCAAUGGGAGGGACAAACACUUACGGCCCGUGUGUUUGCCUAAUAAGUCGUUUCAGAUACCGACGGGUGCCGUGUGUUUGGCCACCGGUUGGGGCAAACGGUUCAACAACGAGUCGUACUCAACGGUACUGCAAAAGGUGACCAAACAAGUGGUAGAUCAGCGCCGGUGUGUGGACUCGUGGCCGGGCAUACAGUUCCCCAUCACUGACGGCCACAUUUGUUUUGACACUCUUAGAGAUGGCAGCGGUGUAUGUAAUGGCGACUCCGGAGGACCCGUACAGUGCCAGUCCACCGAUGGCCAGUGGGUUCAGGUGGGGGUCGCCUCCUGGACCUCCAAUCCCUGCGCUAUUAAGGGAUAUCCGGCGCUAUUCACUCGAGUGGCCUAUUAUUACGAUUGGAUUCGCGAUAUUAUCGACAAAAAU